AUUAUUUUUGUCCUCCUGUCGCCGCCAUUGCUGCCAUAUCACGAACAUCUUUUAGCAGCUGUGUGCAGAUAAUUGGAUACAUUAAAGUGCUUUUUUGUUUAUAACGUGAAGCCUUUCACCACCGGGAAACCGUCCUGACUACAUGGAGUCAACCGUUGGCGAGCCUACUACAACGUAAUACAAAUUACACAACCUUAGCAGAGACAAUACGUUAGCUCACUACGCUAGCUAAAACAAGCUAGCAUAUGUGCUUCAUGCUCUUGUUUUCCUGCAGGUAAUUAGUUCUCCAGUAGAGGUUUAUUUGUGUACGCUUUGAAGAUGUCACUACACGGUAAACGUAAAGAAAUCUACAAGUACGAGGCGCCAUGGACGGUGUACGCCAUGAACUGGAGCGUCCGACCGGACAAACGGUUCCGCCUGGCGCUCGGUAGCUUCGUGGAGGAGUACAAUAACAAGGUUCAGAUAGUUGGUCUGGAGGAGGAGAACUCAGAGUUCGUAUGUCGAAACACUUUCGACCACCCAUACCCCACCACCAAGGUCAUGUGGAUUCCCGACAGCAAAGGAGCGUACCCUGACCUGCUGGCCACCAGCGGAGACUACCUGAGGAUCUGGAGGGUGGGCGAUACAGAGACCCGACUGGAGUGCCUGCUCAACAAUAACAAGAACUCUGACUUCUGUGCACCACUCACAUCCUUUGACUGGAACGAGGUGGACCCAAAUCUGUUAGGUACUUCUAGUAUCGACACUACUUGUACAAUCUGGGGGCUGGAGACUGGGCAGGUGCUGGGCCGGGUCAACUUAGUGUCGGGUCAUGUGAAGACGCAGCUUAUUGCCCAUGACAAAGAGGUGUAUGACAUCUCUUUCAGCAGAGCAGGGGGGGGCAGGGACAUGUUUGCCUCAGUGGGAGCGGACGGCUCGGUCCGCAUGUUUGACCUCCGUCACCUCGAGCACAGCACUAUCAUCUAUGAAGACCCGCAGCACCACCCGCUGCUCCGCCUCUGCUGGAACAAGCAGGACCCCAACUACCUGGUCACCAUGGCCAUGGACAGCAUGGAGGUGGUGAUCUUAGAUGUGCGUGUGCCCUGUACCCCUGUGGCCAGACUCAACAACCACAGGGCCUGCGUCAAUGGCAUCGCCUGGGCGCCGCACUCCUCCUGUCACAUCUGCACAGCAGCGGAGGACCACCAGGCUCUAAUCUGGGACAUCCAGCAGAUGCCGCGGGCCAUCGAGGACCCUAUACGGCCUACACCAGCCGAGGGAGAGAUCAAUAACGUCCAGUGGGCCACCACCCAGCCCGACUGGAUUGCUAUCUGCUACAACAACUGCCUGGAAAUCCUCCGAGUCUGAGCUCCAAGAAAUGAGGCAAAUCAAAAACACUCUCAGUUGGAUUAACACGCUGUUAAAGAAGGACAGAGCAAUAUUGAGUUUGUGCUCGCAUUGGAUUACUGUCGAUACAGAUUAUGUGUGUAAAGCUUUUUCAACCGAGUGAGAACUAGAGUCUCUCUGCGCUUGUCUUUUUGAUACAAUAUCAAGAUGUCCUGUAUCAGAAAACUCAGGAGCACCAAAACAGAAAUGGUAACAAAGUCUCAAGAAACUGUUGUCAUGUGCAGACAUGAACAAAGGUCCAAAACCUUCUAGCGUCAGCAUGUUUUCUCACAGACAAUAAGGCUAGUCAGUUUCAUGUUUUUAUAUGUUACACGGGGCAUUGUUUGAGUACUCUUACUACCCAUUACAACGCCCUCAACCAUUCAUUUUCAUUAUGCAGCAAAAUGUAGUUUAGCCACAUUUAAAAGUGGAUUGAAUGUGGUUAAUGUGUUUUUAAGUGUUCAUAUAUUCAGUAGUUUUUUUUAAAACCUAUAAAUACUUAUUUUAUUCAACUGAAUAUCAUUUGUGAUAUGAAGAACAUCUCUGUUAUACAUACAUUAUAUGUGCAACAAUUUACUAGUAUUGACCAUAACACAUGUUUGUUUUUGUGCACCACUUAUUUUAUUCAUAUCACAAUUUUAUUUUAUACAUGAAUAAACCGUCCCUCACAGUUCAAACCAUUAUACAGAUCUUUCUUUUUUUUUAAACAAAAACCUUUUCACAGUGAGCUGUCAAUCAUCAACAUAAUGGUGAGAAUCUAUAGUACAGAUUUACAGUUAGAAAAGGUUUCACUGUACAUAACUGAAAAACACUGCCUGAAAUACAUCAACCAACAUCUUUACACUAGAGAAUCCUACAUUUUUGUCCAACAGCCUAGAAAACUGACAUUAUAUAACAAAUGCUGUGAGUCCUGUUGUGAUAUUAAGUUCUGUUGUGAUAUUUGGGGUUGGGAGGGGAUGUGAAGACGUGGGAGUGAACAGGAGUUAUUUCUUACUUGUUGUAGGUAUUUCAGUACGGGGUCAUGAUGUGUGAUUAUUUGCUCAACAUAAAGUCAGAAAACACAUU